UUCCGGAAGCCUCACUGCCACCGCGAGCGCGAGCGCGAGACGGCCCAUGGCUCCGCCGGCGCCGUUCCUCUACGCCCGCAGCUCCGGCGACGGCACGAGCCAGGACGCGGCCCUGCGGGCGGCCUUGGAGGGCGACCUCCAGCGUCUCAGAGGUACUGUAAAGAGUCUUGUCGACCCAAGGGUGGUCUUCUCUUUCGAAAUGGGUGACCUUGGUGUGCUGCACCUCGCAGCCGGCAGAGGGCAUCUUGAAGUUUGCAAGUACUUGGUGGAGGAACUGGGGGGAGACGUGAAUGCUCCUGCUCCUGGAGUUGGAGACUUUGCAGGUGUGACACCCUUUAUGACAUCUGCUCAGUCCGGCGAUGUUUUGACCGUGAAGUAUUUGCUUGAUUGUGGUGGUGAUGUAACUAAAGCAGAUAGUAAAGGACGCACAGUUCUCCACCAUGCGGCAUGCAAAGGAGUACCUGUUGACAUAGACUGUGGCCGUGGUACACCACUCCAUCAAGCUGCUACCAAUGAAAAGGAUAAAACAGUGAAGAUUUUGUUGGAACACCAUGCAGAUCCUAAUACCACUGUAACCGGUUUGGGUACUGCCCUGAUGGGUGCUCUUUUGUACCGUUCAUUGAAAUGCAUGAAGCUGCUGAUUAAGGGUGGUGCUGAUGUCAAUCGAAGGAACUCCCUUCUGGUUACUCCGUUGGUGUUCGCUACAGGGCACAAAGGCUAUACCAACUUUGUGCAGUUUCUGUUAAAGGCAGGAGCGGAUCCUAAUAUUCCCGAUGCUUAUGGUAGGUUACCAGUAGAGCAUGCUGCGAGACAUGACUGCAGGGAAGAAGUUGAAAUGCUGUUUCCUUUGACUUCCCCAAUUCCAACUAUCCCAAACUGGAGUAUAGAUGGAAUCAUCUCGCAUGCAAAAUCUGAAAGUGCAAAGCCACUGGUCCAAAGCCACCUUGAACGAACAAAAGCUAUAAUGAAGUCACAGGCAGAUCAUGCAUUCAGGCUGAAGGACUAUAAGUUAGCAUCAAAAGCAUAUGGUGUGGCAAUAGGUGCUGCACCGAGUGCAACAUUGUACGCGAACAGGAGUCUUUGUAAACUGCUGUUGGGUGAUGGUGAAGGUGCUCUGUCAGAUGCUCUCAGAUGCAGAAUGCUGCGACCUAACUGGGCAAAAGCUUGCUACCGUCAGGCUGCAGCUCACAUGCUACUAAAAGAGUAUAAACAAGCUUGUGAUGCUCUCCUGGACGCUAAAAAAUUAGAUCCUGGAAACACAGAGGUUGAGAGAGAGCUACGGAAGGCCAGGGAAUUAAUGAAAGCUCCUGGUGAAGCUGACAAGUGAAGCAUGGUGUUUAGCGUUAGAGUAGACCUUAUGCUUUAUGCUUUCUCAGGGGAAUGUUCUUUUGGAUUCCGUUAGAGUAGUUGGUCAACUGAAUCUGAUGGUACUUAUGCGAGUAGAAGACCGGGUUGCUGUAAAACUUGCUGACUUGCGUAGAAAUGAGAUUAAUCAGGAAGCAGGGCGCUGAAAUGCUGAUGGGCCUUUACCACUUGAGUUAAUUACAUUACAAGGUUGACUGAAUC